AUGGCGAAACUGGGGACAGAUACAAUUGGAUUGGCUGGCAGCGCGAGAACUUCCCUAAGGUUCAGAAUUGGCGGUGUUCCACUUCCCAAAGACCACGAAGGAAUCUUCACCCAGGACGAUGUCAAGCCAUCCGGAUACGACCUAAUUGCGAAGGAGUCAAACCAGAAGUACAAGGAGCUUCGCCAUCAAGGUAUCAUACCUCCAGGCGUACGGUUUCAAGUCUCGCUCCCUUCACCACAUGCCUGUAUCCAGAGUCAGAUACGACCGGAGUUCCAAGAGCAACUGGAGCCCUUCUAUGGGAAGUGA